CUUUUUACCUCAAAGUCACGUGACGUUCUGAAGUUGGAUAUAAACAGCGGGCACUUCGUGUUCUCCCACGAUAUAGUUUGAGACACUGAAAUAUUCGACAGUAACGUUAGAAGAUGGCAGGCAAGCCAAUAAAAUGUCGAGCUGCUGUAGCAUGGGAAGCAGGAAAACCGCUCUCCAUAGAAACCAUAGAGGUAGCGCCACCUAAAAGUAAAGAAGUUCGAGUGAAGAUUGAGGCUACGGGAGUCUGUCACACAGAUCUCCACAUGAAAAAUGGAGUUGAUCCAGGUGUCACUGCCGCUAAAGCCAAUUUCCCCUGUAUCCUUGGUCAUGAAGGUGCUGGAGUAGUGGAGAGUGUCGGGAACGAAGUCACAAAAGUGAAGCCGGGUGAUCAUGUUAUUCCUUUGUGGUUGCCAGAAUGUGGCGAGUGUCCCACGUGUCGACGACCUGACAGCAACAUAUGCUCUCAGCUCAGUGACUCCCAAGCACGAGGAGUGAUGCCUGACGGUACCACACGGUUCAGUUGUAAAGGGAAACAAAUUCACCAUUUCAUGGGUACCAGUACUUUUUCUGAGUACACAGUUUUACCUGAUAUCGCCGUGGUCAAGGUUAACCCCAAGGCUGCAAUGACAGACAUAUGCCUUAUUGGUUGUGGUUUUACCACGGGCUACGGUGCUGCAGCCAACUCUGCAAAGGUAAAACCCGGGUCGACCACAGCCGUUUGGGGCUUGGGUGGUGUAGGACUGUCUGCUAUUGUAGGAUGUAAAGACAGUGGAGCCAGCCGCAUAAUUGGAAUUGACUUGAACCCUGACAAGUUUGAGAAAGCUAAACAUUUUGGCUGUACAGAAUGCUUGAAUCCAGCAGAUUUUGACCGACCUAUUGAAGAGGUUUUACAUGAAAUGACUGGAGGUGGCGUUGAUUUUACAUUUGAAUGUAUUGGAAACGUAAAAACGAUGAGAUCAGCCUUUGAAGCGAGCCAUCCUGUUUGGGGAGUUACCAUGAUUGUCGGAGUCGCAACUGCUGACGACCAGUUGGUUUUCCCGCCUUACAAGCUGUUGCUAGGCAGGACCUUGAAGGGAAGUUUCUUUGGAGGAUACAAAAGUAAUGUGGGGAUCCCCCAACUCGUAGAUAGCUACUUGGAAGGAAGACUCCCCGUAGCGGAAUUAAUCACACACACCAUGGCCUUUGAAGAAAUCAAUAAAGCUUUCGAUUUGAUGAUCGAGGGGAAAUCGAUUCGCAGUGUUGUCAAGUUCAACUAGAACAAGGCAACUUAUGGUCUUCUCCUUGCAGUAUUCUUCGUUACCAAUACAUAUAUACAGAACUUUGUUCAUUAAAGUACUUUCUUUUAGCAUCAAUUUGCAGCCUUUUCAAAUGAUUUUUCUCUGUAGUUUCUUCAAAGUUCUGAAAUAAAUUUGAUCUAGAAAACUUUAAA